AUGUUCACAGGCUUGGUUGAGAAGAUCGGCACGGUCACAUCGCUUGAAGCUCAAGAUGAGACCGCCAGUGGAGGCGGAGGCACUUCGUUGACGAUAUCCGAUUGCGAGGAAAUACUCAUAGAUUGCCAUUUGGGUGACAGCAUAUGCGUCAAUGGAACAUGCCUCACCGUCACCGCCUUCGAUAAAUCCUCCUUCAAAGUCGGCAUCGCCCCUGAAACACUCCGCCGUACAAACUUGGGCUCUCUCACCAAGGGGUCUGGCGUCAACUUGGAGCGCUCAGUCACUGCCUCGACGCGGAUAGGCGGUCACUUUGUCCAGGGCCAUGUCGAUACAACCGCGAAGAUACUUUCGGUCACGCCAGAUGGCAAUGCAUUGACUUUCCGCCUCCAGCCACGAGAUAAGGGGGUACUGAGAUACGUUGUUGAGAAGGGAUAUGUUACCUUGGAUGGCGCAAGUCUGACCGCGACCAAAGUGCUGGAUGGCGAAGAGGGGUGGUUUGAGAUUAUGCUGAUUGCCUAUACCCAAGAGAAGGUUGUGACUGCUAAGAAGAAGCCUGGGGAUGAGGUCAAUGUUGAGAUUGACAUUGUUGGGAAGUACGUUGAGAGGAGUGUUCAAUGCUACUUUGAAAGACAGGGGGAUGGGAAUGAUUUUGCAAUCCUGGAGAAGAUGGUGGGAAGGCUUGUGGACGAAAAGUUACGGAGGACAUCAGCGUCUUAA